AAAAAUCAAAGUUCACAUCUUCUUCUCUUCUUCUUCACUUUACCAAAAUCACCGAUUCGAGCUUUAGGGUUUUUGUUUUCUGAUAUAUUUUUUUUUAUUGCUAUCUUCUUCAUCUUCUUCGUGAUACCUUCGAAUCGUAUCUCUGAUACUAUCUAUAUAAACAAUAAUUCUGAUUCGUAGUAUCUGAGAAUCUUCUUCAAUCUUUGGGGUUCGAUUCGUUCAUAACAAAAAAGCCGAUUCAAUGAAUCAGAAUCUUGAAGUUCUAUCAAUGGAUUCAUUACCAGUUGGAUUAAGAUUCCGUCCAACUGACGAGGAGCUCGUCCGUUACUAUCUCCGUAAAAAGAUCAACGGCCACGAUGGCGACGUUAAAGCUAUCCGUGAGAUCGAUAUUUGCAAAUGGGAGCCUUGGGAUUUACCUGAUUUUUCUGUGAUAAAAACAAAAGACUCAGAGUGGCUCUUCUUCUGUCCAUUGGACCGGAAGUAUCCUAACGGAAGUAGACAGAACAGGGCAACUGUGGCAGGCUACUGGAAGGCGACAGGGAAAGACCGGAAGAUUAAAAACGGUAAGACUAAGAUUAUCGGUGUGAAGAGAACUCUUGUUUUCCACGCUGGUCGUGCUCCUAAAGGAACAAGAACCAAUUGGGUUAUUCAUGAGUAUCGUGCCACGGAGAAUGAUCUUAGCGGUACUAAUCCUGGCCAGAGUCCGUUUGUGAUAUGCAAGUUGUUCAAGAAACAAGAACUGCAUUUAGCAGAAGAAGAUUCCAAGUCGGAUGAGGUUGAACCUGCUGUCUCGUCUCCAACUGUUGAAGUAUCUGAGGUCACUAAAACAGAAGACGUGAAGCCUUAUGACAUUGCAGAGUCUUCUCUUGUAAUCUCUGGCGAUUCUCAUAGUGACGCCUGUGAUGAGGCUACAACUGCCGAGCUUGUAGAUUUUGAUUGGUAUCCGGAACUGGAUUCCCUUGAUUGCAAGCUCUUCUCCCCAUUACACUCUCAAUUCCAAUGCGAGCUUGGUGGAUCCACAUUUCAGCCUGGCUCAAGUAAUUUUUCAGGGAAUGAGACCAACAACUUCCAAGUUCAGACUCAGUAUGGUACAAAUGAAGUAGAUACAUAUAUAUCCGAGUUUCUUGAUUCGAUUCUUCAGAGCCCAGACGAGGAUCCAGAGAAGCAUAAGUAUGUUUUGCAGAGUGGCUUUGAUGGCGCAACACCAGAUCAGGUUGCGCCAGCUUAUCAGCAGGGCUCAGCAGUUGGCAUGAGCAACGAUGUUUCAGUAACGGGGAUCCAGAUUAGGAGUCGGCAGGCACAAUUCUCUGGUUGCACCAAUGAGUAUAUAGCGCAGGGAAAUGGCCCAAGAAGGCUACGUCUGCAAACUAACCUUAAUGGGAUUGACUCGAAGAGAGAGGCUGAGGACACAGUUGGAGAAAGUAUGAAUAAAGGCUGCAGAAAGCUAAUGAGAACAAAGAACAAAACCGGCUUUGUGUUUAAAAGGAUUAUGCCUCUGAAAUGUUCUUACGGAGGGCUUCUUAGGGCGGCGGUAGUUGCAGUUGUGUUCUUGAUGUCAGUCUGCAGUCUAACCGUUGACUUCAGAGCAUCCGCAAUGCCAUGAUAACUGGAACUUGCAUCUGCAUACCUUGAGAACUGGAACUUUCUUUUGUAUAUAUAGUGCUCGAACCUGGAUUUUGCUUUUGUUGUUGGUUUCAGGCUUUCGCUUUAACCGGUACCAGUUUGUAGGUUUACAUGUAGUUUUAGGCUUGUAAACGUUAUGACCUUAUGCUAUGAAGAGACAAAGGUCAUGUUAGUUUGGUGAACCAGAUGCAAUAUCUGGAUGCAAAUGUUUAUUAUUGUUCGUUUAGUAACAAUUAGGAACUCAUCUAGAUACAAUAUCUGGAUACAUUUUAAAAAUUCAUCCAAAAAAACUGAAUUUCUGGAUGAGAUUUUUUA